AUGGGCAUCUUCUCCCGCGUCAGUCGCUCCUCUACGUCCAUGUCUUCCGGUUCCGAGACUGCGACGCUCGAGAACAGGGUAGCAGCCCUGUCGUUGACGACCCAGAAGAGGGCAGCACCUCAGCCUGGUAGCAAAAUCCAGACCGUAAUGACGGACCGCCCUGCGCAGCAGUAUGCCGGCGAGCCGUCUGAGUCGGGCGUUCCGGACUUCACCAGAACGGGCUCCUUUUACCAAGGAUCCUCGUCUCACGACCCUAACCAGAGAUACUACCAAGCGUCUGAUGUGCGUCGUCAAGUUCGCGAAGCACCUGCAGGGCUAGCAGCGCAGCGCCACUAUCCGAGGGUGUAUCACAACCAGCCUCCCCUGCCUCUCUCUUCUGCUCCCCCUUACCGGGAGUUUCCUAUUGUUCCGAGCCCACAAGAUGGGUCAAGGCCAAAGAACUUCACUCGUAGUGACCCAACACCCGGACCUGUUCGCGCCUUUUACAAUGAAAACGACCGGAGCACAUUCGACGUCGGAUACAAAGAUGUGACCCUUGCACCGAGAGGCCCGCGAAACGGCAGGCAGCAUGGAAACUCCAACUUCAGUUUGGCAACGUAUCAUCCGGCGCCCACACACGUUGACUGCAGUUCUGUGAAGCGUUAG